GAUACAAGGUGAAAGGAUUGUUCCACAGAUUGAUCCUGGAAGACUCUUGUUUGUGCAGUGAGGAGGAUUCUGUUAAAGAGGACCUUUGACCCUGUGUACACAACUCAGAUUGAAACUAAACCAGUCGGACUUUGGACUUUGAUGGUGAUAUGACGAUAUAAAGGAUAACAAGCUGCAUCACUUCACUCCGUCUGAUGGAGGCUGAAGUGAAGCACGGAGCUCCUUUUCUACACGGACCUGCUGAGGACAGAAGAGAGCUGCACACUGAGAAAGUUGAUGUCUCCAAUGUCAGUGAAGCUGUGAACCGCCUUCAAACUUCCCUAAAAUCAUCCAACUUGGGUCCACAAAGAGAACGCUGACUUCAUCAGAGAUGGAGAAAGUCAAGAAGGAGAUCCUCAACAUUUUAGAGGAGCUCAAGAAGGAGGACUUCAAACAGUUCAAGUGGUACCUGGAGAACUAUCCAAGCUCAGAAGACCUCCGAGCAAUCCCAAUCUGUGACCUGGAAAAAGCAGACAGGAUGAACACAGUGGACCUGAUGGUUCGGUGCUACGACACAGACUUGGUUCAGGUGGCCAUCACGGUUUUGAAAGACAUGCAGAAGAACAAUCUGGCCGAAAAAUUAUCUAGAACAAAAUCUACGGGCAAACUGAAUCCUGUGGGAGGAGAUAGAGGUCAAGAGAUUAUCGCCAACUGUCAACGUGAACUCAAAUCCAACCUGAAGGAGAAGUUCCAGUGUGUGUUUGAGGGGAUCGCUAAAGCAGGAAACACAACCCUUCUGAAUGAGAUCUACUCAGAGCUCUACAUCACAGAGGGAGGGACUGCAGAGGUCAAUCAAGAACAUGAGGUCAGGCAGAUUGAAACAGCAUCCAGGAAAUCAGACAGACCAGAAACAACCAUCAGACUAGAAGACCUCUUCAAAGCCUCAGCUGGAAGCAAGAAACCAAUGAGAACACUGAUGACAAAGGGAGCGGCUGGCAUUGGGAAAACAGUCUUAACACAGAAGUUUAUUCUGGACUGGGCUGAAGACAAAGACCACCAGGACAUACAGUUCACAUUUCCAUUCACCUUCAGAGAGCUGAAUGUGCAGAGAGAGAAGAAGUACAGCUUGGUGGGACUUGUUCAUGACUUCUUCAGUGAAACCAAAGCAGCAGAAAUCUGCCGGUUUGAAGAGUUCCAGGUUGUGUUCAUCUUUGACGGUCUGGAUGAGUGUCGACUUCCUCUGAACUUCCACAACAAUGAGAUCCUGACUGAUGUCAAAAAGUCCGCCUCAUUGGAUGUGCUCCUCACAAACCUCAUCAAGGGGAAGCUGCUUCCCACUGCUCGCCUCUGGAUAACCACACGCCCUGCAGCAGCCAAUCAGAUCCCUGCUGAGUGUGUCAGCAGGGUGACAGAGGUCAGAGGGUUCACUGACCUCCAGAAGGAGGAGUACUUCAAGAAGAGGUUCAGAGAUGAGGAGCAGGCCAGCAGGAUCAUCUCUCACAUCAAGACCUCACGAAGCCUCCACAUCAUGUGCCACAUCCCAGUCUUCUGCUGGAUCACUGCUACAGUUCUGGAGGAGGAGUUGAAGACCAGAGAGGGAGGAGAGCUGCCCAAGACGCUGACUCAGAUGUACAUCCAAUUCCUGGUGGUACAGUCAGUGGUAAAGAAGGACAAGUACGAUGGAGGAGCUGAGACAGAUCGUCGCUGGAAUCCAGAGAGCCGGAAGAUGAUCAAGUCUCUGGGAAAACUGGCCUUUGAUCAGAUGCAGAAAGGCAACCUGAUCUUCUAUGAAUCAGACCUGACAGAGUGUGGCAUCGAUAUCAAAGCAGCCUCAGUGUACUCAGGAGUGUUCACUGAAAUCUUUAGAGAAGAGAAAGGAGUGUGUCAAGAGGUGUUCUGCUUCGUCCAUCUGAGUGUUCAGGAGUUUCUGGCUGCUCUUCAUGUCCAUCUGACCUUCAUCAGCUCUGUCUGUAGAAUCAAACCCAAACGUUUCUACCUGAGUGCUGUGGACAAGGCCUUACAGAGUCCUAAUGGACACCUGGACUUGUUCCUCCGAUUCCUUCUGGGUCUUUCACUGGAGACCAAUCAGGCUGCCGUGCGAGGUCUGCUGACACAGACAGGAAGUCGCUCACAGACCAACCAGAGAACAGUCCAGUACAUCAAGAAGAAGAUCAGUGAGAAUGUGUCUACAGAGAAAAGCAUCAAUCUGUUCCACUGUCUGAAUGAACUGAAUGAUGAUUCUCUAGUGAAGGAGAUCCAACAGUCCCUUAGUUCAGGACAUCUCUCCACAGAUAAACUGUCUCCUGCUCAGUGGUCAGCUCUGGUCUUCAUCUUACUGUCCUCAGAAAGAGAUCUGGAGGUGUUUGACCUGAAGAAAUACUCUGCUUCAGAGGAGGCUCUUCUGAGGCUGCUGCCAGUGGUCAAAGCCUCCAACAAAGCUCUACUGAGGGACUGUAACCUCUCAGAGAGAAGCUGUGAAGCUCUGUCCUCAAUGCUCCGCUCCCAGUCCUCUAGUCUGAAAGAGCUGGAUCUGAGUAACAGCGACCUGCAGGAUUCAGGAGUGGAGCUGCUGUGUGCUGGACUGAAGACUCCACACUGUGACCUGGAGACUCUCAGACUGAGUGGCUGUAACCUCACAGAGAGAAGCUGUGAAGCUCUUUCCUCAGUUCUCAGCUCCCAGUCCUCGAGUCUGAGAGAGCUGGAUCUCAGUAACAACAACCUGCAGGAUUCAGGAGUGAAGCUUCUGUCUAGUGGACUGGAGAGUCCACACUGUCACCUGGAGACUCUAAGGGUGGAGCCUGCUGGAGUCCGAUGGUUGAGACCAGGUCUGAGGAAGUAUUCCUGUGAACUCACAAUCGACACAAACACAGUAAACAGAAAACUCAAACUGUCUGACAACAACAGGAAGGUGACAUGUGGGGUGGACGAUCAGUCAUUUCCUGAUCAUCCAGACAGAUUUGAGUCCUUCCCUCAGCUGCUCUGUAGAUCUGGUCUGACUGGUCGCUGUUACUGGGAGGUUGAGUGGAGCGGAGAAGUUAAUGUAUCAGUGAGUUACAAAGGAAUCAAUAGGAAAGGAUACAGUGAUGACUGUCGGUUUGGAUUGAAUGAUCAGUCCUGGUAUCUAGGGUGCUCUGAUAAAGGUUACUUUGUCUGUCACAAUAAGACAGUUACACGCAUCACCUCCUCCUCCUCCUCCUCCUCUGGUUACUUUGUCUGUCACAAUAAGACAGUUACACGCAUCACCUCCUCCUCCUCCUCCUCCUCUGGUAGAGUAGCAGUGUAUGUGGACUGUCCUGCUGGCUCUUUGUCCUUCUUCACAGUCUCCUCCGACACACUGAUCCACCUCCACACCUUCAACACCACAUUCACUGAACCUCUUUAUCCUGGGUUCGGGUUCAGUCCUGGUUCCUCAGUGGCUCUGUGU